CCCCUCCUAUUUCUUUUCUAGAUUUUGAUCAAGAUGGGCGGCCAGAUAAUGUAUCAUUUCUCAUCAAGCGAAUUAAAAUUCAUACCAUGGAAGCUCUGAAGGAUCCAACUUAUAGGUUUCCGGGAAAUUCUGGAGUGGAAAAGUUCUUAGAAUUGUUUUCUGAAGAAGAUUAUGAUGCUUUCUGCUUAGCAUACAUGUUUACUUAUAGAGAUUUUGAAGGAGGCACAUUAGGAUUAGCUUGGACUGGAGACUUAAAAAAUGCUGGAGGUGUAUGUGAGAAAAAUGGGCAUUACCGAGGUAGCUUAAAGAGUCUGAACACUGGAAUUGUUACACUUCUCAAUUAUGGAAAAUAUGUUCCACCUAUUGUUUCUCAUGUCACGCUGGCUCACGAGAUCGGUCAUAAUUUUGGAUCACCUCAUGAUCCAGAAGAUGAUGUGGUGUGCACACCAGGUGGUGACAAUGGAAACUAUAUAAUGUUUGCUCGUGCAACAUCUGGAGAUCGUAGGAAUAACAACAAGUUUUCACCUUGUAGUGUUCGCAGCAUUAAUGCUGUCCUUAAUACAAAAGCUAGAAGCUUAAAAGGUUGCUUCACAGAAAUGCAAGAUUCUAUUUGUGGCAAUGGUGUUGUGGAAGAAAAUGAGCAGUGUGAUUGUGGAUGGGAAGAAGAUUGUGAGGAAAGUUGUUGUUUUCCAAUGCGAACUAAUCCUCCCAGAGAUGAACCUCCAUGUAAGCUGAGACCAAAAGUUAUAUGCAGCCCAAGUCAAGGUCCAUGCUGUUCUCAUGACUGUAGUCUCAAAAUUGGAGAAGAAUGCCGAGGAGACAAUGGGUGCCGAAGCCCCAGCUAUUGUGAUGGGAAACAUUCACAUUGCCCACCUUCUAUUAAUAAGCCAAAUAAAACAGUCUGCAAUGAAGAAUUUGUCUGUUAUAUGGGGGAAUGUACAGGGUCAAUAUGUGUUGCAUAUGGAUUGGAACCAUGUCAGUGCCGUCAUGGUCCUCAUGAUCCUGCUACGAAAGCUUGUGAGUUGUGCUGUAAAUUUCCUGGUGAUGAUUAUAGCUGCAAGUCAUCAUUUGAUUGGAACUUCUCACCAUAUGAUGUUCCUGAUCUCUUUGCAAAACCUGGAACUCCAUGUGAUAAUUACAGUGGCUAUUGUGAUGUCUUUCAGAAAUGCAGAGAAGUUGACCCAUCUGGCCCUCUUGCCACCCUCCGAAAAUUUCUGCUAUCUAAUAAAAGUAUUGCAUCAUUGAAAAAAUGGAUAGUUCUUCAUUGGUGGGUUGCUGUUAUAUUUGGUGUAGGGAUUUUUAUAUUUAUGCUUGUUGUAGUCCGCCUGUUUGGAAGACAGAAAAACUCUGUGAAAACUGUGCCUGAAAACAGCACAAAGAACAAAUCUCUAAAUAUUUUCCAUCUCUGCAAUAGUCAACAUUUAAAGAAAUCAGACAGCCAGUCAAGAAGUAAAAAUUCAAAUUUUGCCUUGGCACAUGCUUCUAAUUAUCAAAAGUCGACUAGUAAUUUUGUUAGGACAAGUGUAUCAUCUUUUUCACAGAAACAUCAGCCAUUGCUUAUGACAGGCAAUGGUUGGGUAUGACAAUAAUGAAAACCAGUCGUGGCUGUUUAGAAUACUGAAAUUUUAACUGAUGAGGAAGGUACUUGGUUUAUUUUUUUUAAAAUGUAUCUAUAUAUACAAAUAUUUGUGCAAAGUCUGAAAGUAAGUGUAAAAUAACCAGGCUGGUUUUUAUGAAUGUGGAUAAUUUGUGGUGGGUAGGAAUAUAAAAGUCAGAAAAUAUUUUCCUCUCCUUGCGCUCUUAAAACUUAUCUAUGUAACUCACUGCACUGUUCUGUAUAUUUGUAUUGUAUAAUUUUGUUUGAAAUUUUUCAACGAAGUAUUAUCAUACUUCGAAUCCUUUCAUGAAAUUCAAAGCUAUAGCUUCGAGAACAGUUCUACACAUGCAGCUCUUGAAUGUUGCCUUGUAAAUUUGAAAAUGAUUGCAUAAAAAUGGUUAAUUGCAUGAUAAAUUUGAAGCAUAGCAUCUAUCACUGAUUUUUCUCAUCAUCAAAACUUUUGAAUAAGAAUAGGUUUAAAGUAUUAUUCCUUUGAAUUUUUGUACUGACUUUUUUUUAUAUAAUCAAAUGAGACACAUUUCAUUUGCCUCAUCAAUCCAUGCUUAAUAGCUUAAAUAAAAACACUUAAUAAGCUUUAGUUUUUAAUAAUGUAAAUACAUUUGGAAAUGUUGAAGUUAUUCAAUUUAUAAUUUGCAUGAAAUUAAGGAAGAAUAAAUUUUACUGUGAGGAGAGUAGUCAUCAAAUUAAGAAAAUCUCUUAGAAUCCUUUGAGGAACAAAAACAGGUAAUUUAACUUAUUUUUCUAUUAUGUAGAUUUUGAAUUAUUUCACCGUGAAAGUAAUUUUCAAUCCAAACAACAACGGAAAGUAUUUUGAUAUUAUUGCAUUUAUCAUGAGGAUUUCUGUGUAUUAUUACACAAAUACUUUCAAAAUUUUCUUAUAAAUAACUUUGAAUGAAGUAUGUUUCUGAAAAUUUUCUUCAGAACAAAUUUUAUUAAUAACUUGUUUAACUGUUCGUUUUUAUACUCUUAAAAUUAGCAGAAUCUAAUUUAAUUGAAUAUGUUCAGUGAUUAAUUGUUUUGUCACUUCUGAGAAAGUAAACUCUGCAUAAAAUGCUUUGUUUCUGUCAGCCAUCAAAAUUUAAUCCAUUUAAAUUCCCUCUGUAUCAUAGAAACAUUAUAUUACAUGCAGUAUGAACUGUUGACUUUUUAUAGGUUAUAUUUAAAAUUGUUUACCUGUAACAAUAACAUCAAAGCUUAAUUUAUGAAUGAAAAUGUUUGUCAUGUUAUUAAAAUUUUUUAAAUAAUGAAAACAAAUUUUGUAACACGACGAAGUGCAUUUUGUGUACUAAUGUGCUAUAGCAAGUAUUUCUCUAAAAAGAAUAUUUUUAAGUUUUUGUAAGUAUUGCGACAUUUGUAAUAAUAUCAAAUUUUUUUAUAUUCAAUUAAAUAAAAAUUGAUGAAUAGUAUUAAAAACUCUCUUUUUUAAAAUUUAAAGAAUGUGUCUUAAUAUUUCAUGUUUGUCAGAUUGGUUUGGAGGAAUUACUUUUUUUAAUGUUGUUAAAAAAAGGUGAGGAAUAAGUUAAAAAUUUGGCAAUUUCGGUAGGCAUAUGAAAAUGCUCUUGCAUGGUUUCUCCUUUGUCUUGAAGUGAAAAUGCAUGAAAGUGAAUGCAGCAGGUUAAUGUCAUAUUACUUCUGUGAGGUAAUAAUACUGAAAGGAGCAAAUAGAUAAAUGUUUGAAAGGAAUUUAUGGAUGUGUAUUGUUAUAUCGUAAAACAUACUUUUAAAAAUGUUUUACUGAUUAAAAGUUAACUGCAUCCCGCUAAAAGUGUUUAAGCAUGACACUAAUUCUUUUGCGGUUUGGAAGCUAGUUAUCUUAUUCAGAUAAGACACUUGGGUAUCUUAAUUUGUAUCUUUAAAAAGAAGCGUCAGUUACUCAAUGUUAAAAUAAUAUUAUAAGUAUUAGAAGAGCUUGAUAAGAGAAAAUUAAAGGACUGUUUAAUGGCUACUGAACAUUUAAUUUAAAAGCUGUUAGAAUGCUCUGAACUUUUCAUCAACUAGUGGAAUAUCAUGCAGGAUUAUUAACAUUUCUCAGAGUAUCAACUCUCAUUUGUAAGCUUGUUUCAAAUAAACUCAUUGUUGUGCAGGGAAGCAAAGGGAUAUUUAAUCAAGAAUUAUGAUAUGCAGAUAAGACUUUGCUGUAAUAUGUAAGAUGGGCCAUAGAAUAUAUAAAGUGUUUUGAGCUGUUUUUUUUUUUUUUUUUUUUUUUUUUUUUUUUUUUUUCAAGUUGCUGAGUGUCUAAAGACUUCAGCUUGAAGGGCACAAGCUGUAUGAAAUUGCUUUAUACAAUGUUAGCUUAUAAUCUUGUGUCAGUCACUGUACUUUAGCCUGUUUGCAAUGAUCUGUAGCUAAGUAAGAUGCAACUGGACAUCAGAACUUUUUUUUUUUUUUUUUUUUUUUUUUUAAAGCUAGAAUGCAGUGGUGUCUAUUUUUGCUUACAAGGGAUCUUAUGCGGUCACAUUUUGCCUCUGUUGUUGAUCACAAUAUUUAAACUUUUACCUCUCUUUCAACAAACUAUUUAAUGUUAAUGGCAGCUAAUAAUGAUGUUGAGUGGUGUUGAAACAAAAAUGAUACAUAGAAUAAUGCUAAUAUUGACAUUGACUUUUUUCUCCCUUCUGGUCAUAGCUCGAUGCAAUAUACAUUUACUGUAUUUUUGCAGUCUUUUGCUUAAUUUUGCAUUUUCUUGCAUGUUGUAUUUUUGUGACCAUAAGCUAUUUGAGCUUAUUUUAACCUUUUUAUGCAUAUUUGGACUUCUGUGUAUAUUCAUAAUAUAUUAUGAGCAGUUUAUUAAGCUUAAUUAUUUUCUAUUGCUCAGGUUAAUUCUGUUUUCAGUAAAUAACACAUUCUGAAUGAUACAUGAUUGUGACUGACAGAUUGACUUAACCAAAUUGUUGCUCUGUCUUGGUUAUGUAUUUUCUAUUCUAACGUUCUUUAAUAAUGGAAAAUUGAUUUGUAACAUUAAUUCAUGUAUUUGAUUGCAUUAUAUAUGUGUAGACUUGUGAUAUUUAUUUAUAGGCAAAUUAUUGAAUUUUAAUAGAGUAUGUGAUCAAAAUUGCAAUCUUUCUUCUAUGUGUUUUUUUGUAAAAUUUACUGGAACUUCCUCUGGAGAAAUAUUUUAUAAAAAUGUCAACUCGGUAGUGUCUUUCCUGUGGAAUGAUAGUGAAAGUAAUAUAUCAGUUAAAAAUAUGCUUGUUUUUAAUUUAUUAAAUAUGAGUUUUAUAUUACAUCUGAAAAGCAGUGAGAAAAUAAACCUUGUGAAGAAAUAUAUAUAUAUUUCUCUCUAUAUAUAUAUUUCUAUAUAUCUAUAUGUAUGAAUGUUCAUGUAUAUUUUGAAAGACCAAAGUUUUGACAAAAAAAGAGUCAAUAAAUUGCUCUAAAUGAA